AUGGUUGAGCCACAAUUACAACAAGAAUUAUUUCCCAUUCUAUUGCGUUUCCGUAUGCAUCGCUAUGCCAUGAGCGCCGAUAUAGCGAAAAUGUACCGGCAGGUAUAUGUGCACGAGAAGCAUGUGGAUUUCCAAAGAAUCGUGUGGAGAGAUGCGCCUACCGAAGAACUGAAAGACUAUGGUAUACUUCGUCUCACUUACGGUACACCUGCUGCAAGUCACUUGGCUGUGAAGGCGUUGCAGCAAGUUGCUAGGCAUAAAAUGACAGAAUUUCAGUCCUCGGCGGAAAUCAUUCUACGGGAUUUCUAUAUGGGCGACCACCUAACAGGCGCUCACACCGCAGACGAGCUUGUGUUGCACGCGUCGGAGAAGGCGUAUGCGGCCGUGGCCUAUGCACGUACUAAGUACUUAGACGGCAAGAUCGUGGUCAAUCUAGUGGCAUCCAGGACAAAGGUUGCUCCGCUGAAAUCUACAACCUUACCCCGCCUGGAGUUGUGCGCUGCUCACCUAGCAGCAAAACUCAUUAAACAGAUCACCGCUUGUUUGUGCUCGCCAGAAAGUCGCAUGUUCGGUUGGACAGAUUGCACUGUGACAUUGGCUUGUCUACAAGGUCAUCCUAGCCGAUGGUCUACAUUCGUGGCGAAUCGCGUGGCGGAAAUGCAGGAGAUACUACCCUCCGAAUGCUGGACGCAUGUCAGAUCUGAAAGCAAUCCUGCUGACCUUGCCUACAGGGGUAUGUCGCCAUCGAGUUUACUGUCGUAUAAGUUGUGGUGGCAUGGUCCGCCGUGGUUGUCGUCAUCUAGCUACGUACCACAUGAGGUCAAGCGACAAGAUCACACCACUCAGCUUGAGAUGCGUAAGAAAACUGCUGCCGUAAAUGUAGCUGAACCAUCACAGCAUUGGACCCUUCUCGCAAAAUUCUCCUCAUUUUCGAAGCUAAAAAGAGUUACGGCCUAUGUAAUGCGCUUCAUCGACAACGUUCGCAAUUGCGCGCAAACAAUGCCUCGCAAGCAAACAGGACCCUUAACCAGCAAAGAAAUCCAAGUCGCAGAGCUAAAGCUCAUAAGCGCCAAAAAGCCACUUCCACGACGUAUCAGUCUUUUGCGGUUACAGCCGUUUGUUGAUAAAAGCGGUAUCCUUCGUGUUGGAGGUAGGCUUAAGCACUCCAAUGUGGCGUCUGAUGUAAAACACCCUGUAAUAUUAGCCAAGAGCUCUCCACUGGCAAAGCUAAUAGUGGCAGAUAUUCAUAAAUUUACGCUACACGCUGGACCUCGAAUUAUGCAGGCGCUAUUGGGUUGUUGGUGCACGCAGCUUAAUUCGUAA